AUGCCAUCACCUACGGUCAAUGCUAGCAACCCUUUACCUGAUUCUGCGCGGAUUGCUCUGUCGAAUUUAACGCCACAGCACUACUCGGCAAUAGAGCGGGCCAUGUCCAACAUCCUCUCCACGGACCUGGCAUCUCAGACCUUUGCCCAGAUAGUUGACGGUCUUCCAACACGCGAUGUCUAUCAAGAUUAUUAUGGUUCUUACCGAGACGACUAUCACGGCAAUUUAGAGCCUAGUCAGCUAGCUAUGGGAGUCGUAGAAGCAUAUCGAGACGGCUUUAGUAUUGGAAUCCUCCAGAUCGACGUAAAGAUCUUCCAGUUGUAUCAAAAUGCCCUGAAGGGCUCAAGAGAGUUCAUUCUAAGGUUGAUGGAGAUUAUUGCUAUCCUAUGCCACGAUAUCGCUGUGAAUCUAUACAUCAAAUACGAAGGCGGCAUUCACAAACCGGAUCCUGCAAAUGCCCGUCGAAAGCCACCUCCCGAACUGUCUCCUGGACUAAUACUACCGCCCACUCCACCUUUACCAGCGGAAUUCUUCCACCCCUAUUACCAAGAUUGGGAGCAGUAUCCCAACGGCGUCGCUGAUGUCGUAGGGUAUUGGGCCGAGUAUCGUCUUUUUGGUGGUGUUAUCCUGUUUGAUCGCGCCGAGUCUGGUACUGAGUGCAAUGAUGUGUUUAUACAUCCGGUAGGCAACUACCAGAUAUUCCAGCUUUCCGAAGCCCAGAUCCAGCAAUAUGCCAACUUCAUACUGUCGGACUCGGACUCGUCGCAGCACCAGGAUAUGUCUCAAGGACUGCGUUUUAAGGCCGAGAGAUACGCACGCCGUGUAGAUCCUUACGAUGCGAUGUCUCUCCACAUCUAUCGUAACAGGAACGAACGGAAAAUACCAGAUGUUAGACCGGUUCAGUGUGUGGUUCGCGGGGAAGAUAUCCCGGGAUAUGCUGAAGCUCUGCAAGAUCUUGUCAAAAGGAGUGGAAAUCAGCAGGCACAGUAA